CUCAACACGUUUCAUCCUUCAUGACGUGGGCUGUGAGAUCCACGCCACGGCGCUUCAAACUUGUGCAUCUUAGACCUCUGUCUCGGUCUCUCUGCACUUCUGCCGCCAUCACCGCAGCUUCAAAGAUUGGCUGCUGGAUGUUGAGACGCUUUUCUCCCGCAAGACCGGCGGCGAGGCUUCGGGCGUCCGGCUCCAUCUCUCCCGGGACUCGGCAGGGUGGCCGUGACAAGUCUGCGUGGGGUCUCCACCUGGUCUUGGAGCCGCCGUCCCUGCCAGCUGCGCGUCGUGUGCGCCAAAGUGCGCGCGUCAUCCAGCAAUUGUUGCGGCUGCGUGGACUUUAUUAGUGGAAGAUGUGGCGCUGGGACGCAUGCAACAGAACAUGAGGAGGAGUCCACACCGCGCAAGUAUGGGACUUCCUGUGCUUUGCAGAUGGCUGGUGUUCAUAGCGGCGGUGCCCGCCUGGCUGCUGGCGGCUCCAAACGGCAACCGCGAGCGUCCCUGCCUUCCGAGCUGCAGAUGCGACGGCAAAAUAAUCUACUGCGAAUCCAACGCGUUCCGUGACGUGCCGAGCAACGUGUCCGUGGGAACUCAGGGACUCUCACUGCGUUACAACAGCCUGAUGAACCUCAGGGCCCACCAGUUUGCGGGUCUCAGUCAGCUGGUUUGGUUGUACCUUGACCACAAUUACAUCGGCGCCGUGGACGGCCAAGCGUUCCACGGCAUACGCAGGCUCAAAGAAUUGAUUCUCAGCUCCAAUAAGAUCAACCUGCUUAAGAACAACACUUUCCAUGAUGUACCCAACCUCCGCAAUCUGGACCUCUCCUACAAUAAACUCCAGGUACUCCAGCCCAAUCAAUUUGUGGGGCUGAGGAAGUUACUCAGUUUACAUUUGAGGUCCAAUUCUUUAAAAACUGUCCCCAUGCGGGUUUUCCUUGACUGCCGCAACCUGGAAUUCCUUGAUAUCGGCUACAACAGGCUACGGAGUCUCACUCGUAACGCCUUUGCCGGACUCUUCAAGCUCAUCGAGCUGCAUUUGGAGCACAACCAGUUUUCCAAGAUCAAUUUUGCACAUUUCCCCCGCCUGACCAACCUGAGGGCCCUCUACUUGCAAUGGAACCGCAUCAAAGUGCUGACUCAGGGCCUGCCGUGGAUGUGGACUUCCCUGCAAAAGCUCGACCUGUCUGGAAACGAAGUCCAGACCUUGGACCCGAGUACAUUCCAAUGCCUGCCCAACCUCCAGACGCUCAACCUUGACUCCAACAAACUGAACAACGUGUCUCAGCAGACAGUAGAGACUUGGAUCUCCCUCACCACCAUAAGUCUGGCGGGUAAUCCGUGGUACUGCAACCCAAACAUAUGUCCCCUAGUGGACUGGCUCAAGGCCUUCAAAGGGAACAAGGAGACCACUAUGAUCUGCACAGGCCCUAAGGAGGCGCAAGGAGAAAAAGUAAGCGAUGUGGUGGAGACUUAUAACAUUUGCACAGUGACGCCGAGCCCCAUUACUUCCACAAGGGCACCGCUCACGUCUGCAUUUCAAACAGAACCGCCCCCCCUUCCCACGCAGCCUGAAGUGGAUGAGAAGCUCACAGGGAACAGGACAGCAACCCCGACCCCGACCCCUACCCAGGCCUCCCCCACCAUCCCUUUACCAGACUCCGAGUACGUGUCCUUCCAUAAGAUCAUCGCCGGUAGCGUAGCCCUGCUGCUGUCCCUGGCUAUCAUCCUCCUUGUUAUUUACGUCUCAUGGAAGCGCUAUCCCAGCAGCAUCAAACAACUCCAGCAGCGCUCGGCGGUCAAAAAGCGGCAGAAAAAAACCCGGGAGACGGAGCGCUCGCUUAGUUCGCCACUGCAAGAGUAUUACGUGGACUACAAGCCUUCGCACUCAGGGACAAUGGAUGUGCUGGUUAAUGGGACAGGACCUUACACAUACACCAUCUCAGGCUCCAGGGAAUGUGAGAUCCCGCUGCAGCUGAGAGCCUUGACGUACGGGUGCGAGCGCUCAGUGCUGGACUACUGCCAUGCUCACCUGCACCUCAACACCGAGCCCCGCUUUCAGGAGACGGACAGUCGCAGGCCGAGCAGGUACCAGCGGGGCCUGUGUGGUCUUUCUCCCGGACCCGGACCCGUUCCCUCCGACAGUAAACACCAGUAAAUACUCUGCAGACUUUUCAAAUCAAACAAGCUGUUGAAGGGAAGGUGUGCUGGUAAAGAAGCAACAGAGACUGUUAAUCUACUGAAGAGCAUCCAGGGCCACAGGGUAAUGAGGAGGACAUAUUUCUCCGUGGAAAUAUAAGUCUGCUGUUGAUUGAUGAGCCUCUGACCCAUCAAACCCUCAAUAUGCCUCAAUUAGCCAAGCAGGCUGAACAGCAGCCUGACUUUUAAUGUUCUUGCUCUGCUUGGUGAGUCCAGUCAAGGAGAAUACUUCAGUCAUUUGUUCAUCCUAUGAAAAUAUUCUGGAUUUGUGUCACUCAUCGCCGUCUGGGCGCCUCUGCAGUGUCAAGUAAAGCAAACAAACGCAAAAGGCUAGAAAAAACACCAGUCGUGAGAAACUGUGUUGGAGGUUUUUAUUCUGCUGCAUUUUUUUGUUUGAAUGUUACGAUGGUUAUUCAUUUAUAAGUAAAGGUAAGACCAUUCAUCGGGCAGAAGAUGCUGGACCACUUUCAACUCCACAAUAAAUUACAGAACGGACGAAAAAAAAGUGUCACAUGUACGGCCAGAAAAUAGUAUUUUUGAUUACGCCGAGUGCAUCGCCACAAAGUCUAGCCCCGGCUUCUGCUCCACCUGGGUCCUCUGAAUGAGAGUCAAGCCAGUUAGGCAUUGAGCUAAAAGCCUGGGCUGUCAACUCCUUAUCGUUCUUAAGGCAGACUAAAUCGUUUUGGGGGACACAUUUCUAGAGAGCGAGGGACCAGUGUCACUAUGGGCCUGAUUUACUAAGAUCUAAGCAGCAUGUGCAAUCUAUAAAAUAGCGUGUGCUCUUGGUGGAUGUGUUGCAAGUGAAAAUGAGUGCAGACCUCUUCAUUGAAAUGAGGAUUUUGCAUGUAAUACAGGUUGAUAACCAUGGAAACACUCAUUUACCACACACUGGUUUUAUCCUCGCCUACCUGUGGCGUAGUCAAACAUGCAGGAGACAUUUACUACUUUUUACGGGCAUUUAAGAAGCAGACGUGCUCGCAGCUACAUUUUUGUUUCUCACUGCUGAAGGUGCGUUCAUGGGAGAGAGGCUGCACUCACUCCGGUUAAGAACGCAAAAAAAUGUGUACUUAAAUAUACGUUUUACAAAUAAUCUAUUUAUCUAUCUAUCUAAUAAUUAUUUUAAAAACUUUCUAUUUGAAAUAAACAAACAAAAUAUUAUAUGACACCAAAACAUUUAAAUGUGGUUUAUUGAGUCUUUAAAUCCUCCAGCAGCUAUAAAUUGUUAAGCUGGUGUUAAUGAAUAGAAGAUACGUCUAAUAUGUUUUAUUUCUGACAGCCCAAAAUGUGAACACUAACAGAGGAUUCUGGUCUAUGAGGGCCCUUCAGAAUGACCUCUUACAUACACGACUGAAAUGCCCUCACAUAAACAACUGAAAUGUUUUUCUCUCACCCACAAUAUUGUGACAAUACUAUGAUACCAGUGACCGUGACAUUUGAUACCAUUGCAUCCCUAGUUUUGUAAACAUAAACCCAGUGACGGGCCGUGCGUUUCCCACCUAGGCCUUCAGUGGUAUCUGACUUCAAUGAUGACCUCUCAAAGUAGCAUCAUUGAUGUCACCACAUGACCAUUGCUGGAGAAAUACUAUACAGGAACACAUUCACGCACUACUGAGCAAUGGAAACACCUCAAAAGUGUACAAAACGGGCUAUUAUAAACAUUUAAAAAUUAAACUUGCAUCAGCAAUUAAAACAUAUCUUCUGUGGUACUGUCAAAAUUACAAUACAAUACAAUACUUGAAUUGCGCCGGGUGUAUAGUAUGCACCUGCCUAGAAUUACUGCCGGGUCAAACUCGUUUCGCAAAAUAUUAUUUUUAUUAGCGCAUGUCUAGAAUUUCCACCGGGUCAAACUCGUCACGUCACAAGUGACACUUCACCUGUCAUCAUUUUCAAAAUGGAGGAGGCUGAUUUCAAUCAUUUUAAAUCGCAUAAAGGGAAGAAGAUUAAGAGCUAUUCAGUAGGAUUUAAGGUCCAAGCUAUUGAAUAUGCUAAAAAGAACAGUAAGCAGCUAUGUUUUAUUAAUAUACCGUAGCUGCGUGUGUCAAAUAUGAGUCAUUAAAUGACUCCCGCCUCCUGGUGGUAGAGGGCGCUAGUGAUCCUUCUUGCGACUACUCGGCUGCAGAAGAAGUGACAACAAGCAGCGUGUGU